AUGCAUGUCAUGUUCCCGGAGCCGGCGUCGCAAUACCACAGCAGUCAGCCCCAGAGCACGCAGCCCAAUUACCAGCCGGCCGUGUCGCCGGCUCGUCAGCCUGUCAAGAAGCGUCGCUUGCUGAGCCCAUACCAGCAACACAACGGACUACAGCACUUACAACAGGACAACAGCGGCUACAAGGUAAUGAAGACUCUUCAACGUGUAUUUUGA